AUGAUUUGCUCUGUAAUUGGUGAUGACAAGGCAAAUGCACAACAAGAUCAAAAGCAACCAAAUGCACCUCCUGCACAGAGCAACACCCCUGCACCUGCCCAAAGUGAUAAAACGGCCCCAAAGGGUGAUCAGACUGCCCCCAAGGGCGAUCAGACUGCCCCCAAGGGCGAUCAAAAUGCCCCCAAGGGCGAUCAGACUGCCCCCAAGGGCGAUCAAAAUGCUCCCAAGGGUGAUCAAAAUGCCCCCAAGGGCGAUCAGACUGCCCCCAAGGACAAUCAGACUGGCCCUAAGGGCGAUCAAAAUGCCCCUAAGGGUGAUCAGAAUGCCCCCAAGGGCGAUCAGAAUGUUCCCAAGGGCGAUAAUACAGCCAAGAAAACUGAGACUGAGAGUAGCGCUGAUAAGGGGGAUAAGCCCCCAGUUAUUGCUGAUUCCAGUAAAGCUCCUCCACCUGCCGGUCAGAUGGACCAGUCUGUGCCUCAGGGGGGCAACACUGGCCCCACAACAGGAAGGGAUCAAGCUCAGACUAAAUAG